AUGGGUAGGAAAAAAAUUCGUAUUGAACCAAUUACUGAUGAACGCAAUAAACAGGUAACUUUUACAAAAAGAAAAUUUGGCUUAAUGAAAAAGGCCUAUGAACUGAGUGUGUUGUGUGAUUGUGAAAUUGCUUUAAUCGUGUUUAAUGGAUCUAACAAGUUAUUUCAAUAUGCAAGUACAGACAUGGACAAAGUUUUAUUAAGGUAUACAGAAUUCAAUGAACCUCACGAAAGUUGCACUAAUAAAGAAAUAGUAGAAAAAUUGGUGAAAAAAGGCAGCUUCAAAGAUGAGGGGGGAGACGUUGAUGGACAUUUUCAGUCAAAGCAUGAAAGCAGUACAGAUUCUGAUGACGAACCGAUCGAUACGCAGCAGCACACACAACUAGCUAGUGGCAACAAAAAAUUGGACCAAGAAAUAUCAUCCCUUUUCAAUACCCGCCAUAAACUAUCAGAAGAGUUGCCCCAAAUCGUGGCAGUUCAGAACAAUAAUGGAACUUUGACCUUGUUGCCCCAACAAUUACAGCAACUUCAACAUCUUGUUCACAUAGUUCCUUCCCAGCAGCAGCAGCAACAGCAGCAGCAAAGUACUCUUUUAAAUAGCAGCAGUCUAAUAAAUAGUAAUCUAACACCUGUAAAUAAUAAUCCUGCUCCGCAACAACUUAGAAUUGAACAAUCAGCAGUUAUCACAACGUCAGCCAGCAGGCCUCCUUUACGCGUUUACAUUCCAAAUUCCAGAGGUGUCCUUUUGAACAGCACUGCUGAGGAUGUAACAAAAUCAACUUUGAACUCUCUGGUGACUCCGAUCAUUUCCGUUGCAACUCCGAAUCACUUCAGUAUCAGUAAUUUUCCUUCAGGUCUUACGACAGGCUUCCAACCAGAAUUUCAGAUACAGUCUGGAGACAAUUCUUCCAGCACCCCUUCUUUAGUUCAGUGGAAUAAUAAGGGUCCGCUGACCGCUGCACUACAAGUUGCUGGCAUCGGCCCUGGUUCGCUGAUUAUCCCAGUAAGUGAUCAAACGACGUUGAAUUUGUUUGCUGGAGCUUUGCAGCAGCACCAACAAUCAUCUUCCGGCCAGAAAUUUAAUGAACCGGUAAAAAGAGAACCUUCUUCUCCAAAUUCAAAACUGUUGUCAUUUCUAACAAAUGCUCAACAUCAACAACUGGUUCAAAAACUUCAGCAGCAGCAGCAACAACAACAACAGCAACAACAACAAUCUUCAUGGUUGCCACAACAGACCUCAACCAUAGCUGCAAUAUUUGAAGCAAGCAAUAGUGAUAACACAAGCAAAGAUGAUGACAAGGAUGAACCUUCGCAAAAACGGCACAAACUUGUUGAACUUAAAGGAACGUGGAAUGAAGAUGUUUAAACAAGUUGAUGUUUUUGCUGAAGGAUUAUGCAUGUGGUUUAACUUUGCCUUCCUGUUUCACGGAAGAAAUUUUGAAAUAUUUAAUAAUGAUAAUAUUAUUAAAAAACCAUUAAUUAAACUAAUAAACAAACUUAAUAACAUGAAAUUUUAACUUUUUUAUUUGUAAAUGUGUCAAAUAUUUUUUUUACUAUUGACGAUGAAACGAUGCCAUGCAUUAAAUUAUUCAAAUUGUACAAAAAAUAAACGGUUGUUGAAUUUU